AUGGCAGUCAAAAUCAACAACAUAUCAGUACAUAAGAUCCAACCACCAAAGGGAUCGAAGAUUGAUUUCGGUGCUGAGGUCAGAGGAGCAGAUCUGGAGAACCUCUCGGAGCAAGAUUUUGAAAUCAUCAGAAACGCCUUAUAUGAACACAGCGUUGUUCUGUUCAAAAACCAGCAAUCACUCUCACCCAAGGCUCAGUUCGAACUCACUCAAAAGUUCGACCCCUCCGCUGGAUCUUAUGGACAUGGAAAAACGAUUGAUGCUAAGCGAUCUGUACUUCACCCAGAUCUUAAGACAAUCCCCCACCAGCCACAGGUGCAGGUCAUUGGAAACGGUCCGAUCGCCGAGUUCGAAGGAUUGAAGAACAUCACACUCAAGCACCCUCAUCACAAGACGUUCCACAAGACACCAAUUAGUGAGGCCGAUGACCGAGAGGCAACGAGAUUUUACCGCUGGCACAUAGACGCGGCACUAUAUGAUCUGUCUCCACCCAAAGUCACCAGCCUCAUGGCCGUCAGUGUCCCAAAGACCGAGUAUCAGACUCUCAGAUACGAUGACAGAAGUAACGACGAGAUGAGAGUGCCUCGCGGAAGCACAGCGUUCGUGAGCUCACGUCGUACCUACGAUCUUCUCUCAGAAGCCGACAAGGAGUUCGCCCGCACAACAAAAGUGCAGUACGCAGCUCACCCAUACAUCUGGAUGAGUCCCGCACGAUCAAGAAGCGAUGGUCUUGGUUUGGUCUCAGACGGCCUUGAACUCUCGCGAGAAGAGCUACCCCCAAUCGAUGAGUCCAAGAUCAAGAUAUUGCCCAUGUGUUGGCGAAACCCCGUGACUGGACGUCUCGCUUUGCAGAUUCACCCUUCUGCAGUUGAGAAGCUUCAUCUUGCCGAUGGCACUGUUAUCAGCGACCUCGAAAAGGUCAGAGACAUCGUUCAUAGGCUCCAAAGGCCUGGAAUUGCUCCAGAACUUGUACACGCCAUUAACUGGGAUGAAGGCGACCUCGCAAUCUUCGACAAUUGGUCAGUCAUACAUUCCGUGACAGGGUCGUUCUUGCCCACGGAGGUUCGUAUCUUCAGACAAUGUAAUUUGGCGGCUUCUGAAGACCCUCUUGGACCGGAGUGA